ACCUAUUAUCAAUCAACCUCAGGCAUCUAGAGCUUCAUUGCUGUGCAGCUGUCUGAAAUCAUGACGAAGCGUUCUCACUAUGGUGACGAACUUGCGACAGAGAUAGAAAAGACUAAGUCUGACAUUGAUGAUGUCAUGAAGUCAAUGAAGGAGCAAGCAGCACAAGUAGCCGACCUCGCGCCGCGCGUGUGGAAGAUCCACGCGGAGCUCUGCGACGUGCAGGCUCAGCUCGCGAACCCAGCUCUCAGUGAGGAGGAAAAGGCGGGGCUGCGGGAGGUCGAGCAGCAGCGAAUGGCCUCGCAGCAGUUGUGGUCGGAGAGGCUGAAGGCAGAGCAAGAUAAGCAGAUACAGCUGCUGACGGUCCUGCAGCAGCUUCUGGAUAAGCAUAAGGACCUGCGAGCGGAGCGCGCAGCGCAAUUGAACGUGACAGCCGCGGCCGCGACCUGUGACCAAGAACGGCUGGAGCAGCUGCAGCAACAGCUCACGGCGCUGCCAGACCCAUCGGACCUGGCCGACAGCAGUAACUGGUCGGAAACACAGACCCACGGGUUGUUCAGGUGCUUUCGGCCAACCGCCGACGUUGGCCAACUGCCGGUGGCGUUGUACGACCCAGUGCUGGACAAGCUGGUGGGGCUAUUUGGUGCGGCGCUGAAGGGCGGCGGCGGCGGCGGCGGUGGCGGCGGCGGCGGCGCAGAGGGUGUGACCCCAUCACACGCGGACUGCAUGAUGGCGAGCAGGCUGUGCGCGGCUAUGGCCAAUAGCUUUGACAACCAGGCGUCACGCAUGGUAGAGUUCAGCGAGAUGUUCCAGGAGUACCUCGGCGAGCGCAUUGACCCCCAUAGCCCGAUCCCCGGCUCCAAGUUUGCAACCGACGGGAGCCUGCUCUGCCAGGUCGGGCCAGCGUGUCAGCUGCCGGUGUACAUCCAGCAGGUCAAACUGGAGAUUGGCACUCAGGGUGACCCCUUCUUCCAGGGCCAGCGCCACUACCAGCUCGGAUUAGCCAAUCCCGAGCUGGCGGCGCUGGUGCGCGACACGGUGCUGCCCGUGCUGUUCCUGGAGCUGGUGGGGCCACACCUGCGCGUGUCGGCGAUGGCGUCGCCGGCGGACGUCACCGUGGUGUGCGAGCCGCUGACGCCCUACCUGCACCUGUUCAGCAUGCAUCGGUGCCAGCCCGACCACAUGAUUCGCCUGGCGCUGGUGCUGCGGGCUCUGAAGCGGGGCAUCCGGCUUCUGAAGGACGCGUGGAGUCGCCCGCAGCAGCCCACUGCUGCGUCACCCGCGGCAGAGCGCUCGCCAUCGCCCGCGCCCUCGCCCUCAGCGGCUGCGUUGGCUUCGGCGGCGGGGCCGGCGCCGUCAGGCGCAUCCGCAUCCACCUCAGCUUCAACCAUCAGGGGGGAGAUGGAGGGGGAGGCGCUGCGCGGGGUGGUGCCGCUACGCGACCCGUCCCUUCAGCUGCCCUACCCGCUGCGGCCGGGGACGGCCUUCACGGACGUGCAGCCCUUUGAACCCGCUGGCGUGUUCCAUCCGCUGUACUUCGCCAUGUACAAGGACGGCAAAACGCAACCGCCGCCGCCGCCGCUCCCAGUAGCGGCCGGCGGAGCGCCGCAGCACGCGGCUUCGACUCCCGCAGCUUCAGUGGCGGCAGCAGCAGCGCCCGACCCGGCGGCGCUGGCCGUGGUGGUCAAGUUUUCGCGCAUGAGCGCGGACGCGGUUCGCGUGCACCGCGCCUGGGCGGCGGCGGGCUUGGCGCCUCAGGUGGUGCUGGAGCAGGUGCUGCCGUGCGGCCUUACGAUGCUGGUGAUGGAGCGGCUGGCGGCAGAGGACGGCUGGGUCAUGUUCUACAGCCUGCCACAGGACCAGAAGCAGCAGCUGGACGGCGCGGUGGUGGCGGCGCUGGACCGGGCGCACGCUGUGGUCGUGGACGCGGAGCGCGGCCUCCCGGGCGUGCACGCCGACCUACGGCAGGCCAACGUCAUGGUGCGGCUGCUGCCGCCGCCGCCGCCGCCGCCGCGCGGGGACGAUGACACGGCGGUCAUGGUGCGACCGCCGCCGCCGCGCGACGCCGGCGCGGCGGCGGGCAGCGGCGAAGCAUCAGCAGUCGGAGGCGGCGGGCAGGGUAGCGGCAGUGGCGAGGAAGCGGCGGGCGGCAGCAGCAAGCAGCAGGUGGAGGUCAGGUUCGUGGACUUUGACUGGAGCGGGCUGCAGGGCCACACGCGGCUGCCGGCCUUCAGCCGCCAGCGGCUGCCGGGGCACGGGUGCGGCUGCGAGGUGACGCAGGCGUACGACCGGGCCCUGUGGGAGCACGAGAGGGCGCAGGGACCCAUGUAGUGGCAUGGGCGGUUGUCGCUCAUGGUAGGUGCAUGGGUGCAUGGGCGCCUGCUGCACCAGCACCGGCGGUGAUUGCGACGGCGGCCGCGGCAGAUUCGUGACCGACAUUGCAUCGAGUGCGCAUGUGGUCAGAUGGCAUUUGCAUGUAUAGAUGUGGUGUGCAGUUGUGCAUGUACGGAUGUGCGUGCCGGCCCGUGGGGCUGCAAGGCCUUGGUUGUUCUUAAAUCCAAAAACACACAUGGCUACAAUCAUGUGCUGAGCACAUCACACACGAGAUGUUGACACCUCCGCUACCGAGUCGGCGUAGGUCGGCGUGUUUAUCCCCGUUCGAGGCGUCUGCGGGCUAUGCCGAUGUGGUUGAGGGAGGUGGCAGCGUGGUCGUGGAGGGUGUCGGCGCAUUUCACACAUGGCGGGGUGUCGGGCGGCCCCCAGUUUGAUUGGUGAGGAGGCGGUGCAGGUCACUUUGGAUGGUACUUGUGAAGCCCCGGCUAAUGGCUAGUUGUUGGGGUGUAUUUGACUGUCCAGCCUGCGUCCCGUAGAUCGGCAAGGGGGUCGUGGUGUUGCUGCGCCUUUUUGUGUUUUUUGGCGGCGUGGUUGGUGCCUGCCCAGUAUGCUGUGACGUACACGAUAUGGUUGGCGGCGUAAUUUGAAGCUGAGUACAGUAGGAUCGGAGACGCAGUGAAGCCCCCUUGCUGCUGCGAUUCUUUCCGACUUACAACGUGCUCGUGGCGAGCACAUUGUAGGUGUAGAGGAUUGCAGCAGCAACGGGGCUCCGCUGAGUGUCCGAAUCUACUGGAUGCUGGAUUUGUCCAGGUCGGGGAGGCCGUUUGCCCACGGGGAUUGCCCCUGGCGUUUGUUAUGUGGGUUUGCGCCCUGUUGAUUGCUUUGCCUAAUCGCGGGUGAGGGUGCUGUGAACGUGCCAGCACGCCGAUUGAGGCCGUGCACGUAGUGGCCAUCGGCCCUGGGUGUAAGUGCUUUGCGGAUUCAGUAGCAUUUGCUGCGUGGAUCCUGGUCAGAGUCCUCCCCUGUCACACGCCCACACUGCGCCUGCCAUGCGUUCCUGCUCGGCGGUUUAACCACCGCUUGAGCGAAGAGUUUAAUGGGAGCUACCGUAU